AUGGCACCGCCUCCCAAAAAGAAGAAAAGAGAGCAUUCUGUUUCUGACCAAACAUUAUAUCAUUUCUUCGCAUCUAACACUAGCAAUGCGCCCCAAGAGUCUGCCAGUGUGAAAGCGAACUUGAAGACUCACCCUGUUGCAAGUACCCUUUCAGUGGAUUCGAAAACGAAGGCUACAAAACAACCGGAAAUCAUUGUGAUUGACUCUGACAGUGAAAGCGAAGUGGAAAUAGUUCAAACUAUCACUUCGAAGCGUCGAAAGCUUAGUCCCAAAAAUGAUAAUAAGUCUUCGGUAUCAAGUUCGACCAAGGCGGAGGAUCUGGUAACUGAGGGGAAGCACGAAGAGAACAUUACAAUCUCUCCUUCUGUCACACCGACCCAGAGCUCAAGAGAAGGUGCAGAUACCACCAUGUCAUUUGGGAUUCCUUUCCUAUUAAAUCAACCGAAAUCGAAUGUUUUACCAAAGGAUUAUCUUCCAUUAUUCGGAGAGCCCUUUCUAUUGACUUCUGCGUCACUGGAAAAGAGUUCAGUGCAUACAUCUGCUACACCUUUAGCUUCUAGCUCCAAAACUACAUUGGACCCCACAACAGAAUCCACCGUCGAUAUUGAUUUAACUAUGGACGAUUGGAACGACGGUGAUGACGAAAUAAACUCUGAACCAGCCAUUGAAGACCAAGUAAUGCAAUGGGGAUCAUCCAUCACAAUUAACUCUGAGGAGACCAUGAGGUCGGACGCCCUUUUUCUAUCUGAUGAUCUUUUGCCAGAUCAAAGCAAAAAUGGCAAAAAUCGAUGUUUAUCUACCCGACCUGCUGGGAACACUGUGUCGUUCCCAGUGAAAACCAUAACUGAAGAUAAAGGCAAAAACUUUGCCACUGUUAGGCAACAGGGUAUUAGAAAUAAUGCAUUUUCUUUCCUGAUGUCUUCACUGAAAGAGAACGAGAUCUGGAAAGAAGCAACAAUUGCGAAAGACAGAUACUAUCAACGAACCCAGAGUGUGAAAGGUGGCCGGCAAAAAGCACCAUUUUAUAAAGUCCUUCAGGGUAUGCCUAUUGCUGUCGAUGCGUUCAAAUACGGUGCCAUCCCAGGUGUCACAGCCUACUUUCUAACACAUGCUCAUUCAGAUCACUAUACCAACCUAUCCUCGACCUGGAAACACGGUCCAAUUUAUUGUUCUCAAAGUACAGCAAAUCUCAUUGUGCACAAGCUUUCCGUUGAAAAGAAAUGGGUUCACCCUUUACCUAUGGAUACUCCUACUGUAAUACCGGACACCAAUGGCGUAUUCGUCACUCUCAUCGAAGCGAACCAUUGCCCAGGAUCUUGUCUUUUUUUCUUUGAAGGAUGCCAAACUGUCAAUGCCGGGGAUAGUCCGUUCAAGUCUUGCUACGUUGGUUCAUCCAGAACAUUUCGAUACCUCCAUUGCGGUGACUUUCGAGCCUCUCCGCGUCAUGUCCUUCAUCCCUCCGUCAAAGGAAAAGUUAUCGACCAUGUCUAUCUAGAUACAACAUAUCUCGACCCCAAAUACACUUUCCCUCCCCAACCUCUGGUCAUCUCUGCCUGUGCUAAUUUGGCCAAGAGACUAGUGUCUGGAGAAUCUAACAAGCAAAGUACUUCAACUGUGCUUACAUGGAUGUCUUCAUCGGAGAUUGGCAAGGGCAAGGUAAAAGAGAUCUCUAAGCCACUAAUUGUCAUCGGGACAUAUUCUAUCGGCAAGGAGCGCAUUGCCAAAGCUAUUGCUCGUGCAUUAGACACGAAGAUUUAUUGCGAUGCUCGAAAAGCCGCAAUAUUGAGGUGUCAGGAUGACCCAGAGUUACAUUCUAUGCUGACUUCCGAUCCAACAAAGGGUUUUGUCCAUCUCGUGCCGUUAGGAUCUAUCACAUCAGAUCAACUCAAACUGUAUCUGGACCGGUUCAAAGACGUUUAUGAUAGAAUCAUCGGGUUUAGACCCACAGGCUGGACAUACACUCAGGCUGCAGGUACCAAUCAAUCUCCUUCCAUUCAAUCUAUUCUUGCUGCAUCAGCAGGCCAGUCAUUUACAUACGCAAACCUGCAAGUAUCUCCGAAGUCGACACCGAACUUAUCGUUGUAUCCUGUUCCAUAUUCGGAGCACUCCUCUUUCUAUGAACUGACUUGCUUUGCGAUGUCAUUCACUUGGGUAAAAAUGAUUGCGACUGUAAACGUGGGCACUGAGGCAAGUAGGGGAAGAAUGGCAAAAUGGGUAGAUAGAUGGGAGACAGAAAGAAAGAAGCGAGGAAAGGAUACAAUAGUCCCUUAUACAAACCCAGAUUACUGGUGA